AUGGGUCCUCUGAUGCUCCCGUUGACCAGCAAGCGACCAUCCUCCUCCCUGAGACAGCUGCAGGUCUCACCCGGACGUGACAGAUCUGUAGCCCCUCGGUCUCUGUCACAGGCAAGCGGGGUGACACCUUCUUGGCCGCCGUUCCAGCUCAUCUUGCUCAUCACCACAUUUAUGACCUUCGCUCCCGCCAACUCGUUCACACUCUUUCACGACACUCUCCACCUGAUCUACGGAUCAAGAGUGGUCGUUAUUGCAACAACAACAACAUCAAGCCCAUGCCACCUCGUCGAUCCCGAGGAAGACCUUCAACAUCGCGCGGACGAGGCUCAGGCAGAGGCCUUACAACCACCACAACGGGAGGAAACAUCUCCUCCUCACCCGGCCACGCCCGUUCGCGAAGGCAUACCAGCGGCUUCUUUGGAUAUAGCAGAAAGUAUUCGCGGCCGGAGACGAUCUCAAACCCGCGCAGCGCAAGCUGGUGAAAUGCUUGCCCAAGAACACACACACGAAGCAGCCGAGACGGCGCAACCCACUUCACCUUCAUUACCAAACCCACCACCGGCUGCGAUCACGAGUCGGGAUGAGGAGGACUUGGCGCUUCAGGCUGGGGGAUCAGUGCUACAGGCUGGGGGAUCACCGACAAAUGUUCAGUCUCACGCUCAUGCCGUGCAAUUUCGGAUGGAGAUAGCUUCCAUCGCGAGAGAGGCCGAUCCCAGCUCACCUCUGGAUCCACCACUGAUAGUAAGGCUGCGAGUUCAUGAUCCUAACAGCAACGAUAUACUCGGGGAGCAAUACCACCCACAUCUGCUGGCUCAUGUGGGCCUUUAUGAUGAACAUGGUAUAAAUAUCCUAUCUCCACCUGAUCGCUACCUUUUCAGAGGUCCCAACCUUGCUGCAAGCCCAGCGAUCUUCAACGAGCCCGAUUUAACCUUGGAAGCGAUUCUUGGACCAGAUCACACAGUCUAUUCUGGCUCCGCUCCGUCCCACAGAUCAGUUUUCUUUGUCUAUCCAGGUUUACACAUCACCAGGCCUGGCAGAUAUAGGAUGCGGUUAAGGCUUGUUGGUAUCGGAUCCGAUAGCCCAGGCGGGGGAGUCUCUCCCGCCGCUGCACGUCUGGUCGCGUCAAUCAAUGCCCAGAUUGCUGUGGCCCUGCAAAGCAGCUCGACCUCAGACUUGUCAACCAGCAACAGUAGCGGAUCUGGGUCAGCAUCUUCGGAAAACGCUGGUUCAAGUCCAGUAUUACCAUAUCGUCCGCCGUACCCGGCUCAUCCGCCAGUUGGAACGCCCCCGUGAAGCCAAG